UCGAGGCAUGAGUCACACAACGUGCCCGUAACGUUUGUUUUCUCUAAAACGUCGAUCGUUUUAAUAAAUCACGAACCAAAGGUCUGGUCUUGACGGCUCGUAGACGCAGUUGGUCGGCUGAAAAACAUUGCACUGAAUGGGGUGGCAUCGAUUCCCAACUUAAGAGCGAUAUAGAGAAAUAAAGAGAGGCCGCAAAUCCAGAGAUCCAGCGCUGACUAAGGCUGUAGGCAGGAGAAAGAGCGUUCUGGCUUGGAUCCUCGAAGGCCCACAGGCUAGGGAGGCCUCGAAAACACGAUCAGGCCUAACUCAUUUGUGAAUCAGUUGUGAACAGCUCAAGAACGGAAGACAUCAAUUGGACAUUAAAGACGUUCGAAUCUUAUAAAAAACUAAUCUGGUGAUUGGAUUGGCCGGGACCAUCAUGGGCAGUCAAACCGAUUUCCUUCUGUUAGAGGAUCACAGAGAUGAUGAUUCUGGAGUGGCUACUUCCGUGGACGAGUUCUUUUUAGACUCUAUCGAUUUGCCCUUUGAGGAAAUCGAGUCCCCUCAUCCAUUGCCCACAGUUGAACCCAUCGAGUUUGUUUCCAAUGAAGUGUGCCAUUCCGAAGUGGGACGGGAAGCGAUCUCGAAGAGACCAUCGGGUGCCAUUCAAGAGAGGGAAAACAUUGCCAAAGACAUCAAGUUCAUUAUCGAUGCUCUCAAGAGUGAAUCAUGUGAAACUGAGGAAGUGAAGGCCAGGAUUCUCCACUUGAAAGGUCAAUCUCUCGGGGGUUUCAGAGUGCUUGUAUCCAUUUUACAAACUCAUUACCCAGAUUUCCUUAACAUGGAGUUACCAAACAUCAACAUAUCUUCCAAAGACUUUAUGAUCCCGGACCUGGCUGUCAACGAUUCAUCUCCGAUGAAUUUCUUCAAAUCUGAAAACACUCAAAGUCCGGACCCAAAUCCGAACAGUUCCAAUGAUCAAAUGGCCACAUCAUCUUAUUCCGAGGCUGACUCGCCCAAUUGGUCGAUUGAUAGCCCUUCAAAACCAAAGUCGCCGCCUGAUGAGUCCAGGAAGGCCAGGUACGAGCGAACCGCUUCCAUAUUAUCAAGAUCCGGAUUGCUUGACAUCACCAUGAAGACCGCAGAGCUGAUUCAAAAGAACACCAAGCUCAACAAGGAGCUGCAGAGACUCAGAGAAGAAACCAACCAGUUUGUCCAGAACGUCCUUGAGAAUCCGGCCAAUCAGAGCCUUUUGACGCCUCGUUCCAGUAUGAGUCGAUCUGUUCCAGGCAAGAGCACACAAGUGUUCCUAUCACCAAACCUGGAUUUUCACAUCUUCAGCUCAAUGGGACAGUUUCAAACCCUGACUCCGGUGGUAACCUCGUCGUCGUUUGGUUUGAAAAGAAAGGCCAGUCCAAUCCACUCGACAGAACACCAACAUGAAUCCAGAUUUGGUCAGAGCACAAACUAUGAAACUAAUGGGCCUAAGUCUUCUAAACAACAGUGUUUAAUGGCCUCGGAUUAGAUGAACGUUGGGCUCGAAAAUGAAAAUACCAGAGUUACCUGAUCGAAAAUAUGAAUGUGUCUACUUUGUGUUUAACUUAUUAAAUAUAUUCUGCAAUCUC